GGCUCCCUACCGCGGACAGGACCACGAAUGCAUGGUGGAUGGCAUAAAAUGUAUUUUAAGUCAUAGUCGUAGUGGGACCUGAUUUCACAUAACUACGCUCGCUGGGAUUUCGUGUGUCUGUGUCGGGUGCGGAUUCGUUUGCAUGUAAGGUUUGGCUGAGUUUCAAAGUAGGUGUGGAGCGCAGCAGGGUGCGUUAGAUAGAUAGCUAGCUAACGAAGUUACCGCCCUAGAUAAGUAGGUUGAAAUACAUGAAAAGUAUUCGUGAACGUUUUCACUCGGUCACAGCAGGAUAUGUGCAUACAGAAAGCUUUGUAUUUGCAGUAAAACUGACUUUCCAGAUGCUUAUUUUAUUUGAGGAAAAUCUCACCUGGCGCUCCUUCGGAAGUGGAAGCUGAGAUGUCGCAAGCCUACGCCAAAUGCGCAACAGCGAGCCGUUAACUUUCAGAUUAAAGUCACUUUACCAGAUCAGAUCGCCCCAUUAUGGAGGCGGUGCUGGGUAGACUGGGAUCGCUGAGUCCGGAUGAGCUUCGGGAGGAGAUCACAAGGGCAGGGCUGAAGUGUGGGCCUAUAACAGCCACCACUAGGGGAGUCCUUGAGAAAAAGCUGGCCCAGACACUUUUGGAAAGCAAUGCGGGUGAGUGCGGCCCGUCGCACGCGGACAGACGGGAACCUGGUGACAGCACGCGCUGUUUGGAGCAGCCGCAUUCCCCGGACACUGACGCACAAGCGGAGGGUGCGAGUUCUUCUGGCCAAGCUUUGGGCCAUGUGAGUCAACAGACUUGGCCUGAACCCACCUCCUCCCUUUUCUAUGGAGUACUGCCACCUCCGGACGAUCCAUUGCUUAAUGAUGGUUGCCUCCAUGUUUAUACUGACAAGCAGAAAGCGCUGAAGGCUGUGACAAAGAUGAAAGGGGCCAGGUUCAAAGAUUUCUCCAACAGAGAGGAUGCUGAGAGCUUUGCUAAGGGCAUAUGUGAUGGUGGCCUGUCACCCCAAACACACUCUGCAGACAAAUCCCCCACUUCUCCGGCAGGCAGACCUGAUCAUCAGCUUGAGAAAUCAAUAGGUCUGGAAAUGGUGAAUAUGGAGAAGGCUAAUGAGUUCAAAAGUCCACGCACACAGGACCUCACAGCGAAACUUAGGAGAGUUGUGGAACAAGGAGACAAAGAAGCCUUCAAAAAGCUUGUGUGGAGUAACCCAAGAUACCUUAUUGGAUCUGGAGACAACCCGACUAUUGUGCAGGAAGGAUGCAGAUACAAUGUUCUACAUGUAGCAGCAAAAGAGAAUCAAGCAGAGAUGGCACACCUGAUACUGGAGACCCUGGAAAGUCUGGAGUUCAUGCGGCUCAUGUAUCCCAAUGAUCAAGAGACCAUGUUAAUGCAGCGGACUGACCAUAUAGUAGACCUGUACCUCAACACAUCUGAUAAAGGGAGCAAUGAGACCCCGCUUCACUUUGCCUGUAAGUUUGGCUGUCCAGACGUGGUGAAUGUUCUUUGCUCCCAUCCAGCCAUCGAUAAAAACCUCAGGAACAAGCAUGGGCAGAAACCCUCCAGUGUGAUAUGUGAGAGGAAUAACAAAAAUAAGCAUACUAAGGAGAGGAUCAGGGAAUAUUUGGAAGACCGUUUUUUCAUUCCGCUGCUGAGAGCUACAGAUAACACUCUUAACCCUGUCAUCGGCGUGCCGUGGGUCCCUGGGUCCUCCCAGUGUGGAGAGCUGUCUGUUGGCUCAAGGCCUACCGAGGACAGUAUGACUAUUGGGGCAUUAGUAGGCCCUCUCAGUCUGCUGAAGGCAAACAAGUUUUACAGGUUGUGGAAAACGCCACCACGUGACCGAGCCAGAUAUUUUCAUCAUAUACUAAAGUCGGAUUUGGGCCGAGGGGCAGAGCGAGUUGGAAGGGAAUUAGCACAUGAGAUGAGGUACCCCUGGGCUGAAUACUGGGACUUUCUGAGUUGCUUCAUUGACCUCUCUACAGAGGAUGGCUUGAAAAUGCUGGAAAAUUAUUUGAACAACACUAUUCAACAGACAAAUGCCACAGACAAGAACUGGAUGCAUUUAAAAUCACUUUCUUCACUCUCUGGACAGGAUAAUGGGUCCAGUCCUACCUCUGGGAUAUUCCUUGAUGAUCUGCUUCUGAAUGCCCCUGGGACACCACGGGACCCUGUUAGCUGGACUGAAGAAAUCAGCCCUGUAUCUUUACAGUCCCCUGUGUGUAACCUAUUGCAGGAGUUUGAGAAGGUUUUCUUCGACAAGGCUUCUGGAGACAGUCCAGAGAGUACUGUGGAUUCCGGGAUAGGUUUUCUCACUUUUCCUGGUUCUGGAGGAGGUGGUGAACUGCAUGUGGCAGACCAGAGAGGGUCAGAGUGGACCCAGAACAAGGAGACCGACUCUGGCUCAGAGGAAUACUACACAGCGGAUGAGGGCACAGAGGACGAUGGAAGCCAGGGGAGCCCAUUUCCUGUUCGGGGUGUCCUGGGCCAUACUAUUCAGUGGAGCUGUGGGGGGAGGGAUCGGAGCAGCUCCGCAUCUACUGGCUCCUCCUACAAGUCCACAUGCAGUAUACCUGAAGAAGGGAGCCCCACGGAGGGAUUUGGGCAAAAUAUUUAUCUAGUGGGUGACUCACCCACCAAGCUGGACAAUGAUGUCCUGUUAGCACUAACAGGACUGGAAAUUGACCAGCAGCUCUAUCCCUGCAUUGCCAAAUGGAGGAACACCGUUGUGUCUUACCCUGAACCUCAAAGACAGAGAUGGCCAGGUGUUAAGGUGACAGGAAAUCCCAACAGGCUUACACGCAGUUGGCUGACGGGCUCACCUAGCUUCCUAGGCCUGAGGACGUUCAACCUGGAACAGUACCCAUAAGACAGCAGAGCAAGCAGACCUUCCCCAAGCAGUUAGCUGGUUAACCUGUGUUGCACUCAGGUGGUGAGAGUUGGAUUUAUAUGGUUACAGUUUAUCCAUUAACAUGUCAUGACAGAAUCAUCGGGAGUAUUACAUCAGUCACUGAUAAGAGUACAUAAGAGAUUGUUAUUUAUCACCGUCACAUUUGAGUCUAAAACUCUUCCCAGAAUUAAUUCCUCUGUCCAUCCUCUUGAGAAAAUUUGUAUAAUUGCUAUUUAUAAAACAUUACAUUGCUACAUUUAUGCACUAUGGAUGUUAAAAAAUCUCCUAUAAUUAGCAAAUGGUUAAGUGGCAGCUGAUAAUUUUGUUUAUUUAUACUAAUGUCAAACAAUUACUAUUAGGAAAAAAUGCUGCACAAGUAAUACCUGUAAAGCAGCGACCAUUUGUGGGACUUGAUAUCCAGACAGAUCUGAGCAGAGAGCAAAAACGCUGUAAUGAGCAUCGUAGCUGCUUGAGAACUUCUUUGGCUUAACAUCUGGUUUUGUGCCACUUCUUAAUUGCAAUAAAAUUGCAAGACCUUGGUUGCUUAUACAUUUA